UCUGUCUCUCCCUCUCUCUCUCUCUCCCUGUCUCUCUCUCUGUCUCUCUGUCUCUGUCUCUCUGUGUGUCUCUGUCUCUGUCUCUCUCCCUGUCUGUCUGUCUCUGCCUCUGUCUCUCUCUCUCUGAUCUUUCCCUGGACUUACACUUUCAAGACUUAGUUAGCUUGAGAGUACGGACUAAAAAGCAGUUGGCAAGAAAGAGGGGGUCAAGACUGAGAAGCCUUGGACCUCCAGACUUUGGAGGCCCAACCUGCUAGAGGAGAAAAUCAUUAGGGUCUCCUCUUGCCCUCCUUCUUCUUCCUUCUCCUUCCAACUUCAACUUAAAUAAAUUACUUGACAUUUAGGAUUUGGGGUUUGAACCCAUCUUUAAACUACAUAGCAUAGGAGAUCAAAGAUUUAGGAGUCAUACGUCUCACCAAGAGAGGGUUUGGCUCUCAGACCCCAGUGAAAUCGAGACCGUCUGACCAGGGAAGCUGACAUCUUUCCUUGGCCAUUGGGCACCCUAAGCCUGGGAGGCAAAGAUACAAGAGAGUAUCUUGUCUCUCAAAGACAGAUUUGAUCUCAGGAGCCUCUGAGGGAGACAUCUUGCCAUCUCAUUGGGGCAAUCCUACUCUGGUCUUCUGUUCUCCAUCUCCCAGAUAAUAUAGCUGUGGAGACAUAUUCCUCUUCCAGGAGGACAGGACCUGGCUUGCCCAUAAGUAAAAGAGGAGCGAGCCCUAUCCCUUCACUUCCUUUCUCAUCCCUUUUCCUUCCUUCUUCCUUCCAUUCUCCUGCUUUACAAAGGCCAGUGCUUUCCCCACCCAGCUAGGCUAGUUUCCUGUCCUGUCCAUCCUCCCGUAGGUGGCCUCAGUAGCACAGUCCUUUUGUGAGAUAGCAGCUAAUCCUCCUGGGGCAGAUCAGUGGGUGGCCCAAGGGCCUUGGCCCACGGAUGGCACAUCUCUAGAAUUCUGGGCAGUAAAAGACAGGGGAAAGAGAACAGCCUCUCUCUUUAGAACUGCUAUAAAUGUGAAAUAUUAUCAUCAUCCCCUAAGGAAGGGGGGGUGGGGGACAAGGCUCAGUAUUUAUUUUUAGAGAGAGGCUCCUUGCUCAGAAGGAACACACAGACCUUCCAUGGGGGCAGUGAGAGUACCGCUGGAAGGCCAGGCUGCUGCCUGCCACCAAAGGCUCACCCAGGAUGGGAGCAUCCGAGGGGUCAGGCCGAUGGAAACUUGGGGGCUGAAUCGGAGGGAAGCUCGUUUGACAGCGUCCAGUGGAAGUCAUUGAUUUCCACCGGUGCUUCUCACCCUUGUGAGAGUCCUCGAUGAAUUCUGCCGGGAUUCUUUAAGGAGUCUUUAAGAGAAGUCCCGAGGCUGCGGUUCCCUCGAGGCGGGAAGGCUUGGACUUCAAGAUGCUUAUAAAGGAAUACCGUAUUCCUCUGCCUCUGAGCGUGGAAGAGUAUCGCAUUGCCCAGCUGUACAUGAUACAGAAAAAGAGCCGAGAGGAGACGUGCGGUGAAGGCAGCGGGGUGGAGAUCCUGGAGAAUCGGCCGUACACGGACGGGCCGGGCGGCAACGGCCAGUACACGCACAAGGUGUACCACAUCGGUAUGCACAUCCCCAGCUGGUUCCGCUCUAUCCUGCCCAAGGCAGCCUUGCGCGUGGAAGAGGAGUCCUGGAACGCUUAUCCCUACACCAGGACAAGGUACACGUGCCCUUUUGUGGAGAAGUUCUCCAUCGACAUUGAAACGUUUUAUAAGCCCGACGCAGGAGAAAACGCCGAUGUCUUCAACCUGUCUCCUGUGGAGAAGAGGCAGAUAACCCUGGAUGCCAUCGACAUCGUCAAAGACCCUCUCUCUCCCAAUGAGUACAAAUCAGAGGAAGACCCUCGGCUCUUUCGGUCCAUCAAGACAAAGAGAGGCCCGCUGUCGGAGGACUGGAUCAAGGACUGCCUCUGUGACCGUAGCCAUUUGCCCAUCAUGUGUGCGUACAAGCUGUGUAAGGUGGAGUUUCGCUAUUGGGGCAUGCAGUCCAAGAUCGAGAGGUUCAUUCAUGAUGUCGGUCUCCGGAAGGUGAUGGUGAGGGCUCACCGGCAGGCCUGGUGCUGGCAGGAUGAAUGGUUUGGGCUGACCAUUGAAGACAUCCGGAAGCUAGAGAAAGAGGCGCAGGAGAUGCUGUCCCGCAAGAUGGCCCGGUACUCAGACACCGAUGCACAUGGGCCCCAGGAGCCGCGCAGUGAGGAGAAGGAAAUGGACAAUGCCUUGAGGGAGGUCACAGAGCCCCUGAGCAGCAACGGGGAGGCCCUCAAGGGGAGAAGCCUAACAAAGCAGUGGUCCACAUCCUCAAAGUCUUCCCGGUCAUCCAAACGAGGAGGGAGCCCUUCUUGCCAAAGCAUCUCGGAAUGGAGGAUGCAAAGCAUAGCCAGGGACUCGGACGACAGCUCAGAAGACGAAUUCUUUGACGCCCACGAGGACCUAUCUGAUUCCGAGGAGUCAUUCCCGAAGGAAAUCACCAAAUGGAACUCCAACGACCUUAUGGACAAGAUCGAAACCCCUGAACCUGAACCAGAUGUUCCAGCCCCUGUGAUCGCGGAUGCCCCUUGGGCAGAGCUGCGGGAGGUCACGAGUCCACCGUCCCUUGACAAUUUUCGCACGGAGUCACCAAUCAAUAAAUACUCUGAAGCCAGCACCAUGGAUCGAGUGGACAUCGUCCAGGAUGAGGCCAGCCUUCCACUGGUGCAGCCCUCUAAGGUCCACGUCUUGCUGCUGGUGCUACAUGGUGGGAACAUCCUGGACACAGGGGCUGGUGACCAGACCUCGAAACAGGGUGAUGUUAACACCAUUGCCAUGGCAUUUGACACAGUCAUGCGUGUGCACUACCCCACUGCCCUCGGCCGGAUCACCAUCAAGCUGGUUCCCUGUCCACCUAUCUGCUCUGAAGCCUUUUCCCUUGUCUCCAACCUAAGCCCCUACAGCUAUGAUGAAGGCUGCCUCUCUAAUAGCCAGGACCACAUCCCACUCGCAGCCCUGCCCCUCCUGGCAACCUCCUCACCUCAGUACCAGGAGGCGGUUGCCAUGGUGAUUCAGCGUGCUAAUCACGCCUACAAUGAAUUCCUCAAGUCUCAGGAGGGCAUGACCUUCAAUGGGCAGGUCUGCCUGAUAGGGGACUGUGUCGGAGGGAUCCUGGCGUUCGAUGCCUUAUGCUACAGCAACCAAACUGUCUCAGAAAGCCAGAACAGCAGCCGUCGGGGCAGCGUGGUGAGCAUGCAGGAAACUGACCUUCUGUCCCCUGGGAUCCUGGUGAAUAACACCCACUGCUCUGGGAGUGGCGGCGCUGGUGGCAGUGGCGGCGGCGGCGGUGGCGGAGGAGGCGGCGGAGGAGGCAGCAGCGGAGGCGGUGGUGGCGGCGGCUCCAGCUUGGAAAGCAGCCGUCAUCUGAGCCGAAGCAACAUUGACAUCCCCCGCAGCAAUGGGGGCGAGGACCCCAAGAAGCAGCUACCCCGAAAGAGGAGUGAUUCGUCCACCUAUGAGGCGGACACCAUAAAACAGCAUCAGGCCUUUCUCUCCAGUUUACACUCCAGCGUGUUGAGGACCGACCCCUGCUCCCGGCGUUCAAGCAGCUCCACCAUGCUGGAUGGGACUGGAAGCCUUGGGAGGUUCGAGUUUGAGAUCUCCGACUUCUUCCUCUUUGGCUCCCCCUUGGGGCUGGUUCUGGCCCUGAGGAAGACAGUCAUCCCAGCCCUAGACGUCUUUCAGCUGCGGCCCGCCUGCCAGCAAGUCUAUAAUCUCUUUCAUCCUGCGGACCCCUCAGCCUCCCGUCUCGAACCUCUCCUGGAGAAGAGGUUCCAUGCCCUGCCCCCCUUCAACAUCCCCCGCUACCAGCGCUUCCCCCUGGGCGACGGCUGCUCCACCCUGCUGGUCGAGACAGUGCAGAACAACCCUGUUCUCCUCCUGGAGGGGGGCCCCCUGGCUCCCCUCCAGCACCAGGACAGCUUCAUGGAAACCAGUAUUCCCGUUCCCGUGCUGAGCUGCCAAGAUGGGUCCAGGAAAAGUUCUGGCUGUGCUGAGUCGGAUGUGAUCCAGUCCCACAAUGCCAUCUUCAUGGAAAGCGCAUCCCCUUCUUCUCCUGGCACAGCCCCCACCUUCCGGGGCUUCCGCCGGGCCAGCGAGGUCAGCAUCACCAGCCAGGUGUCUGGCAUGGCUGACAGCUACACAGCCUCCAACAUCGCCAACAAAACCCAAACGGCCCUCAGUCACACCCCCAGUGUCAGGCGCCUGUCCCUGCUUGCCCUCCCCCAGCAGCCCCCCGACACCCUGGUGCCCCAGAGGCCCAGGCCUCAGCCAGGGGAGCUACCCGUCAGCCCUGUAAGAGAGAGGUUGGUGGGGGAUCUGAGUCCGAGCCUGGACCGAGUCCCCAAUCUGGACAUCGGAGAAGUUGCCACCAAAUGGUGGGGCACAAAGAGGAUCGACUAUGCCCUGUACUGCCCGGAUGCCCUCACUGCUUUCCCCACUGUGGCUCUCCCCCACCUCUUCCAUGCCAGCUAUUGGGAAUCCACCGAUGUGGUCUCCUUCCUGCUGAGACAGGUCAUGAGGCAUGAAAAUGCCAGCAUCUUGGAGCUGGAUGGCAAGGAGGUGUCUGUGUUUACCCCCUCAAAGCCCCGAGAAAAAUGGCAGAGGAAGAGAACCCACGUAAAGCUGCGGAAUGUCACUGCUAAUCACAGGAUCAAUGAUGCCGUAGCCAAUGAAGAUGGCCCUCAGACUCUGACAGGCCGGUUCAUGUAUGGACCUUUAGACAUGGUCACUCUGACAGGGGAGAAGGUGGACAUCCACAUCAUGACUCAGCCGCCAUCCGGGGAGUGGGUCCACUUUGACACGCUCGUCACCAACAGCAGCGGGCGAAUCUCCUACACUAUCCCUGAGGAGCAGCGUCUGGGGGUCGGCGUGUACCCCAUCAAGAUGGUGGUCAGGGGGGACCACACGUUCGCAGAUAGCUACAUCACCGUCCUGCCCAAGGGGACAGAGUUUGUGGUGUUCAGCAUCGACGGCUCCUUCGCCGCCAGCGUCUCCAUCAUGGGCAGCGACCCCAAGGUGCGAGCGGGUGCUGUGGAUGUAGUAAGACACUGGCAGGACCUCGGCUACCUCAUCAUCUACGUGACAGGACGGCCCGACAUGCAGAAGCAGCGGGUCGUGGCCUGGCUAGCACAGCACAACUUCCCUCAUGGGAUCGUCUCCUUCUGUGAUGGCCUCGUGCAUGACCCUCUGCGGCAUAAGGCCAACUUCCUGAAGCUCCUCAUCACCGAGCUCCACAUGCGUGUGCACGCCGCCUACGGCUCCACCAAGGACAUCUCCGUCUACAGCUCCAUCAGCCUGUCCCCCAUGCAGAUUUACAUCGUUGGACGUCCCACCAAGAAACUGCAGCAUCAGUGCCAGUUCAUCACGGAAGGCUACGCCGCCCAUCUCGCCCAACUCAAGUACAACCACCGAGCCCGGCCGGCCAAGAACAGCACGCGGAUGGCUCUCCGGAAAGGCAGCUUUGGCCUCCCGGGCCAGGGCGACUUCCUCCGCAAACGGAACCACCUCUUGCGUACCAUCUCCUCCCAGCCCGCAGGGCCCAGCCACAAGCACGAGCGGACGCAAAGCCAAUCAGACAACGAGCGGGAGCGAGAGCGGGAGCGGGGCCAGCGCAGCAUGAGUGUGGCCACGGGCUGCUGGGGCCGCCGGCCAGAGGCAGGGGGCCCCCCCGGACCCAAGUAGAGGUGCCCGCCUCCCCCUCCCCAGGAGCCGGCCCCGGAGCGGCCCCGCCGCAGGAGGUGUCACCAUGGUGCUAGGAGGCGGAGGGACAGAGCCGCGUGGGCUGUGGGUCCCAGCAAGCAGACCCGAGAGGUGGCCUGAGAGGCCCGAGCCGAAGAUGGGAGGACUUGGACCCAUCCCAGGCCGUUUCUAGGGGCAGUCUUGGCUCACGCCUCGGGCAUUUUGCUGCUUCUGCCACAGACAAGCACAGGACACAGCCUGUCUCUGUUCCCAGGGGUGGGAGACAUCGAGUGGUGACUCCAGGCCCCUUCGGACCCAGGGGGCUUUCCAGACAGCCUCCCCUAAUCACGCCUUGCCCAAGAAGCAGGGCCCGACCCUGACCUGCAGGGAAAAGGGAUCUCCUUGUAGGCAGGGGAACAGCAAGGCAGGAAGGCGGGGACAUCAUCCCCCAAAGACUUCUCAUCAGGGCUCUGUUCCCCAUGGUUGGGAGCUUGGGGUCUCCGAGUCUCUCCGAAGCUGGCAGCAUCCUGCACCUGCCGACAAAUGCAGGGAAAUCACCCCUUUGCCCCCAGCCCCCAUUGCUCCCCAUUUCAGCCCCCGAGAACAGACCAUCCAUCCCACUGGGCCCCCCCCAACCGCCGCCAUGUAGACUCCAGAAGAAAACAAAACCCACACAAAAAGAAAACCCUGCAGCCCCUCCAUCCCUGGGCCCUGGAGACCCCCAGCUAUCUGCAGGCUCUCAUCCAGGUGCAGGGUGCCCCCCCAGAGCAUCCACAUCCCCCCCGGCCCUCCUUGCCCCGAGUUCUCUCCAGACACAGUAGCAGCUCCCCAGGAGUUCAGCGUGCUUCUUUGAACUCGUCACUCAACUGUAAAACCUCAUCGUUUUUUGCACUGAUGAUCUCGAGGAUGGAGACCCGUUACCAUCCCCAUCCGUAGUGCAUGAUCAUUAAACAUUUUGCUGAUGCAGGCUAGGAUUCCGUGCAGGUUUGUUUGGGCUCGGUGGUUUGGUUUUUGUUGUUUGGGGACAGCAGCGAGGCCCGAGUGUAUCCCGAGUCUGGUGUACAAAGCUUAGGAAAAGGCCAUAUUUUCAUUUCCACAAGGCCUCUCCCUGCCCCCUUCCCUCCCCACCCGGCCUUGCCUCCCUCCCUCCCUCCCUCUCUCUGGGUUGUGUCCUUCGGACCCUCAGGGAGGAGGGUGGGGGAGCCCCUUGGGUCCAGACCAGCCAUGAGCCUGGUGCCUCCUGCCCCGGGCACCUGCCCCGAGCAGCCAAGCCAGGGUCUGGGCACCCGAGGCCCCCGACACCCACCUCGAGGCCAGAGAGGGAGGGGGGUGCCGGAGCCAGGUUUUAUUCUUGGAAACCUGCUUGUUGGCAAAGCCCCCAUUUCCCCCACUGCCGCUGCCGCCGCCGCCUACUGCAGUGCAUUAUAUUUAUACUCCUUUUUACGUCAGUGAUUUGAUUUCUAAGAGGGCUGGGUGGUUUGGGCUUUCUUUUUCAAGAGAAAAUUUGGCUGCUUUGGUUUUUCUUAACUCUUUCAAUACCGAGGGCAGCCCCCUCUGCUUUGGGCAAACCUAGCACUGUGAAAGCAGCCCACAGAGCUCUGGACCCUCGUCCUGACGCGCAGGCCUGGAGGCUCCAGUGGACCCCUUGCUCCCAGCAAUUCCCACCUGUAGCUGAAUGUCGACUCCAUCCACAGGCCUCUGGGAGCAGAUUUUAAAAACGCCAACUGUUCCAACUCGACAAUCUGGACGAGUCCUUGGUCUCUCGUCCUCGCUGCGGCCACGCACCUCCGCCAGCUUCCCCUUCCCACCUGCCUCGCUGCUCCCGUGCUCUCAUGGGUCGCUGUGGGAGUGACUUCUCCAGGCGGCCCCCCGAGGGGGCCCAGAACCAGAUUCUUGGGAAGGAAUCCUGCCCCGCCUGGCUGCUGCGGAUGGCCUAUGUCCAACGAUGAUGCCCAGCCCAGAGCAUUCUAUACAUUGGGGGAGGGGGGGUACGAAAAGAUGUCGGCGUUUUCUCUUGUGUAGAUAUUGUAAAGUGGAAAAAAAGUAUCCUGUAAAUGUUCAGAGAAGUGGGUAUAUUCAGAGUGAAAACUAUUUAUUUUGUGUAGGGAAAAUGUCUGCAGGCCUCUGACUCUGGCCGACGGAGCUUGCUUUUGUUUCAGGCAUUGUGUACAGAGCAGUUGUUUCAAGGACCAAGUCCGCCGUCACCUGUCUCUGAAGAGUCCCCCCACCCCGUCCCCCUCCCAGCAGUGGAAAAGGCAGCCCAGCCCGACAAUCACAGCCUGGAAGGGGGGGGGACAAGGAACCCUCGUGGAGCUGAGGAUCAGCCCCCGACUACAAUAACGGCGCCAAUCCUCCUGGCUCCCCCCAUCCCGUGGCCGGCCCUCCGGCCAUCAGGCCUGUCGCAAACUCAGUCUGGAGGCUCCCCUCCCCGCCCGCCCCGUUAGCCAAGGACACAAGCAAUAGCACUUGUCUCCAUGGGCCUCAUCGCCAUUUGUCCAGCGUGAACCCAAGCAAACUCUUGUCCGUGUUUCCCCACCGGAAUUGGGGGGCUCCCUCUCCCCCUCCCUCCUCUAUCACCGCCUCUACUAUGUAGAUCUGCUGUUGACGAAGCAUUUUUUUUUUGGAAAUGCUGACACUUUUUUUAAUACCAAAAAAAAAAAGUUUACAGCAUCAGAAGACAAGCAGUGAUGACCAAAAAUCCUCCGAGGACCGCGCGUCCCCACGCCGCCGCCGUAUUGCCCACGUAGAUCGCACAAAGCCUUAGCCUUCCUCCUCCAGGCGGGAAACCCCACCCGGGUUAUUGGCAUUCUCAAGCGUCAGUUUCUAGUCCUUUAGAGGCCUGUCAGGCCCUCCCCCUCCCUCCCUCGGCUCCCUCUGUGUGUCCCCAUCUCUCGGCUUGUGUGUGACCCCCAUGGACGAUUCGCCUUUCUCCCCUGUCAGUGCAUUGCACCAAUGCCUGGGUGUGUAAACUCUGUACACAGUAUCACCGUAUGAAUAAAGGGAAGCCUUCUUUCCGGA